AUGCUUUGUCUUUCCACAGAGAUCCCACGCUGCUCUGGAUGUAAUGAACACAUUUUGGAUAAAUUCAUCCUAAAGGUUCUGGAUCGUCACUGGCAUAGUGCAUGCCUCAAGUGCUGUGAGUGCCAGGUGCCCUUAGCUGAGCGCUGCUUCUCCCGGGCUGGGAAUGUAUACUGCAAAGAUGACUUCUUCAAGAGAUUUGGCACCAAGUGCACAGCAUGCCAGCAGGGAAUCCCCCCAACUCAAGUGGUACGGAAAGCCCAGGACUUUGUAUAUCACCUGCACUGCUUUUCCUGUAUUAUUUGUAGUCGGCAACUGGCUACUGGUGAUGAGUUCUACCUCAUGGAAGAUGGUCGGCUGGUUUGCAAAGAGGAUUAUGAGACUGCGAAGCAGAAUGACUCAGAGGGAGGUGCAAAGAGGCCUCGGACCACAAUAACUGCCAAACAGCUGGAGACAUUAAAGAACGCCUACAAGAACUCACCGAAACCAGCCCGGCAUGUGAGGGAGCAGCUGUCCUCAGAGACGGGGCUGGACAUGCGUGUUGUGCAGGUUUGGUUCCAAAACAGACGUGCAAAAGAAAAACGGCUAAAAAAGGACGCAGGGCGGCAGCGCUGGGGACAGUUCUAUAAGAGCGUCAGGAAAACCCGUGUAGGGAAGCCUGGGAAGGAAAGCUCUGCAGAAGAUUGUGGAGUUAGUGACAGUGAACUAAGCUACAGAGAUGACCAAAUUUUGUCCGAGCUGGGAUCUACAGGAGGCAUUUACAGUGCAGGAGGGGACCUUGUAAAUGUGCCACUGACCAAUGGAGGCUUCACGAUAGAUGCUACUGGACAAUCCUACCAAGAUCUUCAUGAUGGUAGUCCGUAUGACAUUCCUCAGUCACCCUCUUCUAUCUCCUCCCUUCCAUCACAUGGAUUGCCAUACAAUAUGGACAAUUCAGGGGGGCUUUUACCCCAUGCUCCUUUACGAGCACUACCAGCUGCGCCCACAUCCGAUAUUUCCACAGAAAGCAGCAUGGGCUAUCCAGAUUUUCCUACUAGCCCAGGUUCCUGGUUAGACGAGAUGGAUCAUCCUCCAUUUUAA